AUGCAACAUACUUAUAGUGUUCAACAACAGAUAAAUGCACAAAUCCAAUCUCUCACUGGUCGUGUUUGUUUCAUGGAAGGCCAGUCUGCUCGACUUGCUGCAGUCGAGAAUAAAAUUAAAAAUAUCUCUUUCACCUCUCCAACUCCAGCCCCACCCCCACGUACAACACAGGCUGCUUCUCAGCUUCCCCCAAUAUCUAUUUCACACAACUCCCGUUCAAAUAUUCUAUCAUCAACAGUUUUAUCUCAAGCCCCUAUCUCUAAUAAUAUGAUUCCCUCACACUCUAUUUCAGCCAUUUAUAAUUCUCAGCAACCUUUCAAAUAA